AUGUACAAAGUACCUCAAAAACACCAAGAAAUCACUGAGAUGAAGAAUAACAUCACUAAAAUAUCAACUUUGACACCUGAAGACCAACCUCCGAGAGCCCGCAGCAAAUCCAUCACACUAAAUCAGCCUCAAACUGCUACACUCCUCUUCGGCGAAACUUGCAAUAACACCCUGCAAAUCCCAUCGCCUCCAAAAUCCAAAUCGGUGCUCGAUCUUUCGAGUCUCCAACCAGAAACCACAGCAGAGAAAAAUACCACUGCUCCCCACCCCCUUCUCGUUAUGCGGUUGAAGAACAAACAUGGAAACAAAGAUAAACGUAUGAAUUCUCAAGAAUCUCUAACCAAGCCUGGAGGGAUAAUCGUCAGGGAUUUUGGCUCGCAGAAAUCGCUUGAUGAUCUGAGGAAGGCGAAGAAUAAGAUUACAAAGAGAAAGGUUCAUUUUGCGGAUAGCGAUUAUUUUGAUGGAUCUAGGGAUGGAGAGGAAAACAUGUUUGAGUGUGAGAUGGAUGUGUAG